GUGGCGUGGCGGAGGCUGGUGAGUGGUGGCUGCUGGCCGCGGCCCGACCCAGCCUCAGCCCGUCACUACGGUGUUUACUUUAGGAUGUGAUCAGUGGGCGGCGGGUACUCCUCAAAAUGGCUAGUUUUCCAGUAUUAUCACAAGCCAUUUGCCUCUUCUUCCUCGUCAACUGUGAAUUUUGGGCCCAGGGAGCUGGAAAUCAAGACGAAAUCAAGGAUCCAACUGUUUCUGUGGUGCUCUUGGCACGAAAUAAAGAACAUGUCCUCCCCUACUUCUUGACACUGUUCGAGCGCCUCAAUUAUCCCAAGAAGAGAAUGGCGCUCUAUAUAAGGUCAGACCACAACGUAGACCUGACCAUCCCCAUACUGGAAGAAUGGCUGGCGCACAACAAACAGAACUACCAUUAUAUCGACGCCAAACUGGAUAAGCAUUCACCAAAAUUUUACCCAGAAGAUGAGGAGGGCACCGAGUGGAGCAACGCAAGGUUCACCAAAGUCAUGGAGCUGAAGGAGGAGCUGCUGGACAAGGCCAGGCACUCAUGGGCGGACUAUGUGUGGUUUUUAGACAUGGACGUGUUCUUGACCAACAGAGAUAUUCUUUUGAAGAUAAUGAAUGAGGAGAAGGCUGUAGUGGCGCCGAUGCUGAAUUCCCUGGCCACCUACAGCAACUACUGGGGCGGGAUGACCGAGGACUACUGGUACACUCGCUCUGAUGACUACAUACCAAUAUUGGACCGCAAACAAAUGGGAUGCUUUGAUGUCCCUAUGGUCCACUCGUGUGUGCUGGUGGACCUAACACGUGUGGCCUCGGAUAACCUCACUUUUAUUCCAAAAAAUCUCCCAGGUUACAAAGGGCCUCAUGAUGACAUAAUUGCCUUUGCCAUCUCAGCCAAAAAUGCCGGGCUUCCCAUGCAUGUGUGUAACUCUGAGAUUUAUGGGUUUAUACCUCCUCCCCUUGAAGACGGCCAGGGUUUGCAUAUUGACAUGAAGCAGCUCCUGAGCAUAAAGCUGGAAGUGUUAGUAGAACAUCCCCCACUGCCCGUAUCUAAACUGCUUGCCAAAUAUACUCCUCCACCACCCAAGAUUGACAAUGUCGGCUUUGACCAAAUCUACCUGAUCAAUCUAGCAAGGAGGCUGGAGAGGCGGGACCGAAUGUUCCAGUCAUUCAGAGAGCUGGGGCUGAAGGUGAAGCUGUUUGAGGCAGUGGAUGGCAAGCAGCUGAAUGACAGUUACCUGAGGCAGCUGGGAGUGAAGCAGAUGGUUGGGUACAAGGAUCCUUGGUCCAAGAGAGACAUGACCUUUGGGGAAAUUGGAUGUUUCUUGAGCCAUUACUUCAUUUGGGUGGAUAUAGUCAACCAUGGCUAUAACAAGGUGUUGCUGUUUGAAGAUGACAUUCGCUUUGAGCCGUACUUCAAGGAGAAGCUCAAGAUGAUGAGGGAGGAGGCUGACUCAUUGCUGGACUGGGACUUGAUCUACCUUGGCCGAAAGAAAAUGAAGAGUGCCGAUGAACCCUGGGUGGAGGACUCUGAGACAUUGGUGCAUGUGGAUUACUCAUACUGGACACUGUGCUACGCCAUCACACUGCAGGGGGCACAGAAGCUCCUGGCUGCCCACCCACUCAGCCAGCUGGUGCCAGUCGAUGAGUACAUUCCCAUCAUGUUCAAUAAGCAUCCGGAGACGGAUUGGAUGGAGAAGUUUCCUGUGCGGAACCUGAAUGCGUACUCUGUGGCCCCACUGUAUGUGUUCCCGACCCACUACACAGGCGAGGAUGGCUACAUCAGUGACACAGAGGAGUCGCCCAUCAUCGUGGAGGACGCAGUGGCCCCUGCAAUGUCGCCAAGUCUUGGUGGGAAAGGUCUAGAGUUAGAGAUUGGGUUUAAUGGACUUGCUAAAGAUGAGCUGUAGAUGAUAGAAUGAAUGCUCUGUACAUAGAAAUGACGACCACUGAAAGUAUCCAGUUCUGUUAAGUUACAGCAGUACACAGCUUAUGUUAAAGGCCUUUUAUGAUGCUUUUUUUGGUAUUAAUCAACAGUGAUUUGCUUAUUUUUAUUAAUCAACGGUGAUUUGCUUAUUUUCCUGGUGAACUAUAAUGUGCUUAAAGCAAUUUGGUUGUUUAGGGAACACAGGGAAAAUGCAAAGGGUCCCCAGCUCAGCCACCUGCCUCGCAAGGUUUCCAAAUUCUAAUUUCAUGCUUGUCUUGAAGAAUGAGGCAUGAUGGAAGCAACAUAAACAUUUAUGGAUCCUCGGGAGCUUGUUGUCUUGAUCAGUGUUGAUGGAAUGUGAUUGGUGCUUACAAGUAAGAUAUUUGUGUUAUAAAUAGAUACAGAAACUUUGGUUGUUAUCAUGCCCAGCAAAGCAGCCCAUCCUUGUCUGGUUCUGUGAACUGCAAUGGAAUCAGAACAGGGCUGAAUAUAAGUAACUGAAGUUUUUUUUUCUGCUCAUCUGUCACUCUGUAGAGGAGCAUGACAACAAACUUGGUUUUCUCAUACAUCAUCAAACAAAACCUGUUUCUUUCCCUCCACCCAAACUGAUAAGACUAGAAUUAGAAAGUCCAUUUAGUGUCCAUUCAUGCAUUCAUAGUUGGUUUCCUUUCUUUCUGAUAUCUUACAGUUAUCUCUUUUUGUUGCCACCUUCAUAUUCUUUACAUUCCAUUCAUUGUUCUGUCCUUAGUGUUACAUCUUCCACAUCAGAUUUGAUUAAGUUAUUUACUGUGUUCUUAUAUUCUCUCUGCAUGUCUAAGCCUGCAUCACAUAUGUUGGCCACUGCCAAAAAUAUGAAACUAACCUUAAUCUGCAGCAUUUAUCUUUUUUCAUAUUCAUUUAUAGGGUGACCUCCCUCUUAAAGGAAAUAACUAAAACAAGAUUCCAUAGCGUCACUUUAGGAAUUAAAGUACAGAAGAAGAAUUCCCCAGUCUUCACUCCGUCCCAUGAGUUACUUUUAAACAUGCAGGGAAUACACACACUAGUACACUGCCCCCAAUGUUCAACCGCUCAGGCGCACCGCACAACUCGUACUAUUGACUUCACUUCCAUAUUUGUGUUAUGGUUUUAGUAGAUACAUACAGAGAUGAAAUUAACACUGAAAUCAUUAUAAAUUAAGUGUAAGUUUCAAUUUUCCCCAUGGCCCUUGAAGAGUUCUUCAUGUUCUAGCCCACUGGUUGGAAGCCUCUGUCAUUGUUAUUUCACAUUAUCAAAUUCAUUGGGCUCGAUAGAUGAAAGCUCUGGAGCCGUGAGACAGUAAGAGCUUGUGCUUGGUCCAGAAAGGUGCCAGGUGGAAGAACAGUUGGUCUUUUUCAAAACACUGCCAGUCAACACUUGCCAAAUAUUUUCAACAUAAACUUAGAUUUGCUGUUGAUGUUUUAGUUGAAUAGAUGUGCUCAUGAUGUGAAGAGUGAAUCCAUCAUGGGAAAUGAAAGUGCACCAAAGGGUUAUUUAAUAUGUGCAACACUCCCAAAGAAUUAUUUUUGAAUAGUAAAGACUCACAGUGUUGGAGAAUGGACCAGACUCACAGAAUGUUGUAAAGAAAUAGUAUGUUUCACAAUUCUUAAUUUCCUGGCUUGAUGUGAGUUGGGAUUUGCAGACUUCCAUGUGUUACUUUACUUGCCUUUGCUGUGUUGUGCAGUGAUCAUUGCCUUGUGUUGUCUUCUCUCAAUUGUAAGUUAUUGUUGCUACUUUUUCCUUUUAAUUUAACAGUAUUUUUUAGCAAGUUUAUGAUUAGGUGCCAUAUGAUCUUUGUUGUUGUUGUUGUGCCACACAAGAAAUGUUUUAAUGACUGCUCACAUAUUGCAUUGUCUUCAAAUGCUUCUUAUGAUUCUUACUUAUGUGUAUAUUUUUAUAUGAAAAUGUUUGUUGUACAUGUUCCACAUGUAAUGUGCCAUUGCAUUCGAAAAGCAUUUAUGUUAAUGUUUGUGUGUGUUUAGCUUGUUUCAAUGUUUUGUUAUUUUUAAUUUUUUUAUUUGUCUGAUUUAGGUGUAUGAUCUGUAAAGUUGUAGCAAACUGAGUUUGUAAUUUUGUGGUUUUAUGAUUUAGAGAGAAUAUCUUUGAGAAAAAUCAUAACUUGAAACUUGCUUGUGAGAUACACAAUACAACUAAACACAGGUAAAUUUCUGAAAAAAGGUGCUAAUGAGAUCUCAUAUACACUAGAGUCUAGAAGGAACCUUUUUGGAUAUUUUGAUUAUCUUCAUCUGAAUUGUUAGCAAAGAUUCAUGAAAUUAUAUGUUUGAUAAAUAGUGAAGAGCCAACAUUCAUUGAAAGGAGUCCAGUACACUCACUGUGUGGGUUCACUCAGAUGUCACCUGAACAAAACUGUCACUGGGGCACAGUGGAGCUUCAUUGGCUCCUUGCCUCACUAAAUUGCCCCUUACAAUGAAGCCUUCGUGGGAAAUUAGGCAUUUUUAAGUAAGUUCCUCUCUCUCUCUCUCUCUCUCUCUCUCUCUCUCUCUCUCUCUCUCUCUCUCUCUCUCUCAAUUGCAUAGCUAUUAUUCCAGUCAUAUCACUGCUGCCUUGUUUAUCUAUUAAUUCAUUCUUUUAUAUGUGCAGCAAAUUUUGUGUUCAUGCAUUUUCUAACAGUUAAAUUUAGAACAAAUGAUUCUCACCGUUACACACACACACACACACACACACACACACACACACACACACACACACACACACACACACACACACACACACACACACACACACACACAUGCAAUGAUUAUUCCUUAGUAACUGGUAAUGAACAUUCUCAUUUUUUUAUCCACAAUGUUGAUAAAAUGUCAAAUUUGUAGAAAUGAGGUAACUUGGUAAUUAGAGCAAGUACACUGAUGAACAAAGUAAUGAAAAUGUUUGCGGGUUAGAUGUUUCUUGUGUGUACUUAAAUCAUUUGUUCUUUUCCUGGUUUUGCAAAUGAAAAGCCUCUUCAAUUGUUAAUGCAGUGGUGAGGAAGUGACUGGUUUGGUGGUCGAGAGUGACUGGCAGAGGUGAAAUAACAUGUAUGAAGGUUCAGUGUUCCAGAAGACAGCCCUAUUCUUAUCAAGUAGGCCAUGUGAUAAUGUUGGUGCUAUUACAUUCUGUGUUAAUAGGUUAAGUGUCUCUAAGUUACCACAGCAUUUAAAAAUAAGAAAAAAAAAAACGAAGCAAUAGUCAUAUAUUGUAAUUUUUUUUAAACAAACCUGCCAGUUGAUACUGUGUAGUGUACAUAUAUAGCUGUUAAGUUUUGUAGUCAUGAUGCUGCCAUAUUGCUAGUACAGUAAUGUCGAUUUUUAAUGUACCCUUUCCAUGAGUGCAUUUAAAGAUAAGUACAAGUAGAAAUAAAUAUGUGCAAUUCAA